ACCUGUGCUGUAAGUACAGUCGGGGAGAGGAGAUCCGAGCUACACCAACCACUGGACAACGUCAUACCAAAACUUGCCUCAGAAAUCCUAAGCGCUGUUUUAGCACAUUUAUAUACGACAGACCUCACUAAGACGUUCAAACUUAUAAGUUUUUGCUCCGUGAACGCACUUAGUUGAAAAUCACAAAAAUGUCUUCCACUUUGAGGACGUUCCCCCUCAUCUUGGUCGCGUUCACAUGUUCCCAGUCCCUGGAAUUUGAGCACGCUCCUCGAACUGACGAAUCCCCGUGUGACGUCACAGACGACGAUGUGCGAGGUGGCGAAUACGUCAAUUGCACAGCUCGAGGUUUGACCUCACUUGAACCAAACUGGUUUCCCGAGAAUGCGACCACUCUAAGCCUUGACCACAACAUGUUGCAGAACCUGGUCAGUGGAUGCUUCAGACAUCUGUCCGAACUUCAGGUCUUGACCAUAAGUGACUCCCAAGUCACCACAAUUCACGAUGAUGCACUGAGGGGCCUUGGAAAGCUGAAAGAAUUAAACCUGGAGAAUAACAAUAUCUAUACAAGACGUCUCUCCAGGACCUUAUUUUCUCACGUUCCAAAUUUGGAGAACUUGUACCUGAAGGGGAACACAUGGGAAAAUGAAGGCACUCGGGAAUCUCCUUCCAGUUCCGCUGUCCCAUUCUCUAACCUAUCGCUUCUGACAAGGUUGUCAAUUGACGGAGACUCAGAAAUAUACUUCGGCCAACCGUUUUUCAAACUCAAGAAUUUGACGUACCUGUAUGUAUAUUGUCCGCAUGACGUGAUCAAAGGGUCGAACCGCAGUUUUGAAGGUUUCAGAGAUGUGGCUCUCAGAGAACUAGUGUUAGAAAGCCCCACUCAAGAAGCGUAUUUUGAAACUGGAAUUUUUGCCAAUGUUCAAAAUCUAGACAUUCUUCGAAUCCAUGAUGUCGCUAUCGGAAACCAAAAUAUCAUGAAAUGUCUAUGGCCUUUUGAAAACAAAGGAAUGGUUUUAAUUGACCUCUAUAGAGUAAACUUGCGCCAUCAUCGAGCCUCUCCAAAAGCAACCUGUAAUGACGGACUCAUGACAAAAGAAUCGCUUAAACAUCUCUCUAACAUAUGUCUUUCCCAGCUGAUUUGGGAUGCAUCCAAAGUGGUUGGUAUAGAACCCAGGGCACUAAGCGUAAAACCAAAUCUUAGAAAAUGUCUGAAGAGUCUUCGAUUUACCAGAAAUUUGAUUGGAAAAAUGGAUCAGUGGCGAAGUCUCAUUUUGGAACUGAUAGGAUUUGAAUCAUUAGAGGAGCUGCAAUGGGGUGCUCUCGACUGGUGUGGCCCGGGAUACGAUUUCAAGUUCAGGAAUGUUCAAAAUGUCAGAAAAUCUGUAAAGGAAACAAAUUACAUCUUUGAUACCAAACAUACAUCAGUGACCCUAACACAUGCACUUCCACAUUACAGUAAUCGGAAUAAUGGAAAUUCAAGAGAAAUACUUACUAUACCUAGUGGGAACAGAUCAUUGCUUGGAACGCCAAGUAUACGUUUUCCUAGAGAAAGGGAGCGGACUAGAUUCACAAGAAGCAGCUUCUUCCGAUGCCCAAAACAUCUUCAGUCUUUGAUUGUUGUUGGUCUUGAUGGGUAUUUGAGGAUUCCAGCUUGCCACAUAAGAGACGGUCACAAUGUAAAAGAAAUUCGAAUUGUCAGCUGUGAUUUCAUUGAAUGGAGCGGCCACGUGACAGGAUUGGAAAAUGUCACCUUGAUGGACUUCACACGAUCUCACGUGAUCAGCCAUCCAAAUUUUGUCCCUUUUCAAAAUUUCCCGAAUUUGGAAACUCUAUUACUAAAUGCCAUGUCGGGGAGCGACUUUAUCGAUCAACUUUUGAAAGAGAGUUGGCUGGAGAAAACGCCAAAACUCCAACACAUCGACCUACGUGACAACCAUCUCCAUAAAUUACCAAGUUCUGUUUUUUCUUCCAACUUGAGAAUGAAUUCAAUACUUUUGUCGAGCAAUCGGUUGACAUCGUUAGGGUUUGACCUUUCAACUACACCAAGCCUGGGCGUCUUGGACCUGCGCAAAAACGCAAUCUCUUCCUUAGACAUCGCCUCCAGGACAGCAUUAGACACACACGCUCAAAGCAAACCCGACUUUUCUCUGCUGCUGGAAGGCAAUCCGAUAUAUUGUAUGUGCUCACGGGUUCCUUUUCUGGUGUGGCUCCACACGACGUGGGUGAGGCUGGACAUGUCCGGGAACUACUCGUGCAUCGACGACAGAGGGCAGGACCGGUGGACCUCUGACCUGAUCACGACCAAGGCGUUGUGGCGUCGCUGUGUCGGGAAAACGUUUCUCCUCGUCUCUCUCAGCCAGGCCUUAAGCCUUAUCGUGGGUUUUCUGGCCGUCUACAUGUGGCGGCGGUUCAGGACUGCGGUGUGGGCGUUCUUUCUCAACAUCUUGGCUCCUGGUUUCAGGAAGACAAAAAUGGAGGAUUGUGGUAUUCAUGUGUUUGUUGGAUAUGCCGAUGAUGACUUCCGCUUCGUUCGCUUCGUCCUUCGCAGGUACCUGGAGGAAGAUCUGAGCCUGACCACUUACAUCCACCAGCGUGACCUGCGCGCGGGCUACCUUGACCAACAGCUGCUGGACGCUAUCCAGGACAGCUGGAGACUGGUGUUGGUCUUGUCCGCCAACUUUCUCCGGAGAUACGAGAAGGCGCACCUCGUCAUGAAGAUGUGUACGUCUGCCGUGACCCCGGUGAACCCUGACCGCGUGCUGGUGUUGGUGGAGCAAGGUCAAGGCCGCCAUGUCCCCGACUACGUGCUGGCGGUGUUGGACGAGGAGAAGCUGGUCAGACUGCACAGCCUUAACGAGGAGCUGGGAUACGAGCAGAAACAACGCAUCAAACAUCUCAUUUUGUCGUAAACCGUACAGCGCAUCAAACUUCUCAUUUUGUCGUAAGCCGUACAGUGCAUUAAACUUCUCAUCUUGUCGUGAACGACAUAGCUCAUUAAAAUAUCAUCUUGUCGUGAACAAUGUAGCUCAUUAAAAUAUCAUCUUGUCGUGAACAAUGUAGCUCAUUAAAAUAUCAUCUUGUCGUGAA